AUGGCCGUCACCCAAGCUGAGCAGCUUGAGCGUCUGUUCGGAGCCUUUGGCGACGAAAUCUUCUUCGAGGAAGGCACUUCUCAAGAAGUGGAAGAUACCCUAGAGGAAAUUGUUCUGGACCCUCUCCUUCUCGAUCGUCAAAUUGCAGCCAGGAAAGCAGCAAUCCAGGGAAAAUCUAUCACCAAGCCAGUCGAGAAGAAAACUCCCCACUACAUCGGACCACCUCUCGAGCCUUCCAAGUCUGAGAAGUUAGCUCCUGCGGAUUUCAACGCCCUAAUGAAGCAAGACUUUCCCGAGUUCAAGGGGAUGAAGGCGGGCGACCUCUCGGCGGAGAACAUGACCUUCGUCUCUUGGGACGUCGUCCAGAGAUACCCUCUCAGCUUCAUCGGCAAGACCAAUCGACCGAAGGCAACUCCCUUCUUUGAUGAUAUGACCGAGGAGCACACUUGGGACUUCUUUUACGUCUACCACCCCAAGGCCUUGGAUCAGUCGCCCUACAUCUUCGUUCCGACCAUUCAGUUCCAGCACUUCCUGGACAUCGUUAAUGCCUCGAUUCAGACGAAGCUGACCAUCCCUGCUGGUAAGCCAGGCGAGAUGUUCUACCUCGUGUUCGGCUCCAGCUGCACCAUUCGGCCCAAGUACAUUGCCCGCUCCGCCUCGCACAACGAGUACCUCGCCCUGAACGACGCGAUUCCGCCUCCCGAGGACGACGACGCGUGUGACGAUGCCACUGUCUUUGGAAUGGAGACGCUCAUGAAGCUGCUCAAUAUGCACGCCAACUUCAAGGAUGUCAAGACCAAGAGCAAGAAGAAGAAGCAGAACAAGGCGCUGAACCGGGCCGAGUCCCUCUACGAUGCGCAACUGUACCUCGGUCUUCGGCCCAAUGCUGGCGAUGUCGAUGAGAAGAACAAGAAGGUCGAGCUGGAAAAGCCGGUUCCCCAUGCGCUGGAGCAGAAUGUGGUCUUUGUGUGCAUCGACAUUGAGGUCGCUGAGGAGCACCACGGAACCGUAUUGGAGAUAGGGAUCUCGACCCUGGACACCAAUGACCUCGUUGGCGUUCCGCCUGGCGAGAGUGGCCGCAACUGGGUUCCGUUUAUCAAGAACCGCCAUCUCGUGACCUACGAAUACCGUCACAUCCGCAACCGCAAAUACCUCAAGGGUUGUCCUGAGCUCUUCAACUUUGGCAAGAGCGAGUACCCCAAGCUCAGCGAGCUCCCCGACAAGGUCUGCACCGCUGUCAGCGACCUCUCCUUCGCCAAUAAAGAGGACGCCGCCGACAAAGACAAACGCCCCCGCACCAUCGUCCUCCUCGGCCACGAUCUCGGAGCCGAUCUCGGAUACCUGGACAAGAUGGGAGUGGAGCUCUGGGGAAUCAGCGGCGUCGCGAGCCGUACUCUCGACUCCAAGGACAUGCACCAGGCCUGGCGCGGCGAGUCGCAGGGCCGCAGCUUGGGUAUGGUGCUGACUGACCUGGGCGUCGAGCACAGCAAUCUCCACAAUGCGGGCAACGAUGCGGCGUAUACCAUGCAGGCAAUGCUUGGCGUCGCUGUCAGAGAGAGGGUUGACAAAGACCAGGAGAAAGGUGAGAAGGAGAAGGUUGAGGCGAAGUGA